GUCGAGCUGGUGCAGAGAGGAGGCAAAAAGUAACCGGGUGACAGGCUGACAGGUGUCGCGGAAGUUUACGCUCGCAUCCCUCCGCGUCUCUUGGUCAGCAUCUGGAAUAAGGAGGCUGAGACCGGCGGUCAUCCGGCUCCGGCUGAUCCCGUGGUUGUCCCAGCCUUGGCCCCCUGAGCACCGACACCUGUGACUCUCCUCCUCCUCCUCUUCCUCUUUCUGCUCUUCCUCCCCUCCUUGACCAGCAGCAGCUCAGAGUGGCGAGGCCAGGGACAAUGGGACGCAAGCUGGACCUGUCGGGCCUAACAGAUGACGAGGCAGAGCAUGUGCUGAAAGUGGUUCAACGUGACAUGAAGCUGAGGAAGAAGGAGGAGGAGAGGCUGAGUGAGAUGAAGCAGGAGCUCACAGAGGAAGGCAGCAGAUGCUCCAUCCUCUCCAAGCAGCAUCGUUUCAACGAGCACUGCUGCAUCCGCUGCUGCGCGCCCUUCACCUUCCUGUUCAACCCCAAGCGCCAGUGUCUGGAUUGCCAGUACAACGUGUGCAAGACCUGCUGCACCUACAGCAAGAGGGACCGAGCCUGGCUUUGCUCAGCGUGCCAGAAGGGCAGGGUUUUUAGGACGCAGUCACUUGAAUGGUAUUAUAACAACGUGAAGAGCCGAUUCAAGAGGUUCGGCAGUGCCAAGGUUCUGAAAACUCUGUACAGGAAGCACAUCAUCGAGAGAGGAACGUUCUCUGAUCUCCCAGAAAGCAGCGUUCACGACGGAAGCAACGAUAACGAUGGCAGCGUCUGCGGCAGCGACUCCGUCUUUUACAGGCAGAGUGAAGGACACAGUAUGGCAGAGACCCUCACAGUCGCCCUGCGUGUUGCUGAGGAAGCUAUAGAGGAGGCCAUCGCUAAGGCGGAGGAGUUUCGGGACAGUUUGGAGAAGCAGAAUGAGGCUCGAUAUCUGCGGGACCACAGAGAUGAGCUCAUAGAGGAACUGGCAACCACAAUUGUGCAGAAAAUCAUUCAGAGGAGGAAGCGAUCAGAGAUGCAAACAGAGUAUGACUUUGUCUGGCCACAAUCUCAAUCUCUAGUCCAGACCGUUGAGCUGCCAUCUCCUUCUCAACCUCACACUUCAUCACAGGACCCUCUGAAGAACCCCUAUCCUCUGUGGCGGUCCCGGUCAGCAUUCUCCCUCACCAGUGACGACUCCCCAGAGAAGGGUCAGGAGGAGGAGGAGGAGCCUGCUGCUGCCGCCGCUGGUGGAGGCGCUCUGCAGGAGUACGCUUCUCUGAAGAGGGAGGGCAAGGCUGCAUCGCUACCCGGCUGGAAAAGCAUGGACCGUUUGGACAACUCAAGCGCAUCCUCGGUGCUGCAGAGCCCAGACGGAAACUGGAUCGCUCUGCACAGUUCGCAGCUCUCCCGGCCCAGCCUGCUCACCAAGAGGAAGAGCCUGGUGUUCAGCGUCCUGGAGAAGGAGUCCAGCGUGGUCUCUGCUUACGACGAAAUGGGCUCCGACUCGGAGGAGGAGGAGGACGACGGCGGGUGGGGCGCGGCGCUCCAACAGUUUCGCCGCAAAUUGUCUGAUGAGACUUAUUACACGGACUCGCAGCACGACCCCGAGUGGACUUACACUCAGCACCCCGCUGUUACCUCGCCGUCCUCUGGCCUGUACACCAACACGGAGACCCUCAACUCGGACUCCGAGGCCUCGUCGGUGCUGUCUGCAUGUCCUCGCAAACCCACUCACAACUUGUUGAGGAGGAAGGGACCGGCGGACUCUCAACUCCAUCCUCAUCAGCAGCCGCUAUACCAUCCGACCCUUCAGCAGAGCUUAUCCCAACACUCAGCCCACACAGAGGUGCUGGAUGUGAACUUUAACCCCAAGCAGGUGACGGGAGACAGCAGCGAGGCGGACGACAGGCAGUGUGUCCGAAGAUCUCGGAGACGCAGGAAAAGCAGAAAGGAGUCAUCAACGGACCAGAACAAACCUGGAGGUCCGAACCACGCACAGUCCAUCUACCCUUUAGCACAGGAGAACAGUGGUUUUCUACUCAAUGCCCUGCUGAAGAGAGGUUUAAGUGAGGAGCAGCCGGUGCCUGACGAUACACUAGCAGCACCAGCUGGACCAGAUGCCCUCAAACUAGAUGCCAUGACAGCAGGAGAGCCUGACCCCUCCGACACAGUUGCUCCAAAUUCUCCACUGCCCAACUCUGCUCAGCUUGACUCUGUGUCCCCGGGGCCAGAGAUGGUCUCCAGGAGCCCGGGGCCUGGAUCUGGCUCUGGAGAUUCCCUGGAAGUGGAAAUACGAUCUAAGCUCUGUCGACUGGUCAGUCGAGGGAACAGCAAAGACAGUGUCUCAUCCGAUGAGGAGGACAAACAGACGGAGAAAGAAAGUGAGAAACAGAAAGAGAAAUUGAGACCAAAAGAAACGGAAAGGCAAAGGCAGCGUGCAAGUGUCAAGAGAGAGAAAGAAAGCGGCGCGAUGGAACAGGUGAACGGGCAGCAAAUGAAACGGGCUCCCGGAUUAGUGAAGAGCUCCUCUGAGCGAGAGGAAACGAGAGCUCAGGGGAGGAAGUUAGAGAACAGAGCAGAGAGUUUUGUAGAGAGAGUAGCCGAGAAGGAGCAGAAAAGAGGAGAGGUGAACAGAGUAAGUAAGAAACAGCGCAAGAGAGAUGGAGAGAAGGAGGCGGCGCAAAAAGGUGGAGCCAGGAGGAGCGGAUCCAGUGCAAGUUCUCCUGCUGUUUCUCCAUCUUCCCAGGAGGGGGGGCUGUCAAACAACCCGGUGGGGCAGAAUGACUUGGAACAACAACAGAGGCUUCAGUUGCUCUCUUCUGUCUUGCAGCAGCAAAAGUAUUCAGCAGCCUCACUGUGCAGCAUCACCACGGAAGUGCUGAAGGUCUUGAACGCCACAGAAGAUCUGAUUGGAGAGGCUGGUGGUGAGAGCUACACUCCGUCUGAGUCCAUGAGCGCCUCUCCCAUAUCCAGCAGCUCCGAGACACGCAGGCUGGACCAGAGGCUUACCAAGAUGGAGGAGAAUGUGUACCUGGCUGCUGGAGCUGUGUAUGGCCUGGAGGGGGCGCUAGGAGAACUGGAGCAAUGUGCCCGCAGUAUUAGCAGUGGGACCACAGACACUGAUCUGGCCUUCCUGGAGGACCAGGUCGCCACUGCAGCAGCUCAGGUCCAGCAGUCUGAACUACAGAUAUCAAACAUCGAGGCCAGAAUUUCAGCUCUGAAAACAGCUGGGUUAAACGUGACUGUCUGCAAUCGCUUCUCAAAGAUAAAGUCAAAGUCCAAGCCUGAAACACUGGACUCGUCGCGCCAUCAGAGAAGGAAACUCCCAGCACCUCCAUUAAAAGAAAAGUUGGAGUCAGAGCAGCAGGUUAAAGCUCUUCGGCCAUAGAGACAAGCAGCAGCACAAGUCCCUCAGGGCCACUUUACAGAGCCUCAGGGACAGGGGCCCUUCACAUCUAGUGCCUUGACCCAACAUCUGCCUCCAGCUCUUGGCCAAGCAGGGGCUGACACCCACCCUGCAUUCUCCAACCUCAGCCAACCUCAACAGCUGCACCUAACAGGAAAACAUUAAAGGCUGUUUCUCUUUUUCACCAUUAACCUUUAGUAUUUCUUUCCUCAAUGCACACAUGUAAAAGCUGACUUAGCAUUUGGUGUAUCUGCCUUAAAAUCUGCAAACAAUCCUCAUGCUACAUACAACUCACUA